AUGUCAGACCACAAAUACCACUUUAACGUCACCAUGACCUGUUCUGGCUGCUCAGGAGCAGUCAACAGAGUGUUAAACAAGUUAGAUGGAGUGAAAAACGUAGACAUAUCACUCGAAAGUCAAACCGUUGAUGUAACUACUGGCUCUGGUUUAGAUUACGACACCGUUUACAACACAAUUUCCAAGACUGGUAAGAAAAUUAACGAAGGUAAAGUUGUAGUGUAA